AUGGUCCAAACACUCAGACGCCGCAAUGCCGCCAACGAAACAAACGGCACUACUAGCACCAGCGACAAGCGCAAGAGACCGGCGACUCGAGAUGGAACCCGUGUUCGUCUCACGGACAAGAUGAAAGCUGCCGUCACUGUACGUGAUAGUGGAAUCAAAAAGGUGACCAUAACACGCAAGAAGCAACAACAGCAAGCCAAAAGAACAUCCACCCGAAACAAAACUUCUUCUGCUUCUGCCACUGUCAACAAGCCGAUCGAAUCCAUCCGCGACUUCAAGAAGAUCGAGGGCCAAACAUACUAUCUUGUCCAUCGCACCGGCAGUGACCCUACUCAAGACACUUGGGAGGCCGAGCAAACGAUCGAAUCGUUGGAGAUCUUGGGCGCUUUCCGCGAACGCGUUCAAACAGCUUCCGGCUAUACUAUCGACUUCGACAACACCGUUACUACCAACGAAACGUCAACGACUAACACCAAUGUCCGUCGGUCGACACGUACGAGCAAGACGCGUGCUAUGCUUCGCAUGACAGAGCCUAUUGACAUUGAUAGCAGCGGCAGUGACGAUGAAGUUACCACCGCAUCACGUUCCUCCAAGAAAGGAAGUACUACCACUCGAAAGAAACGCAGCAACAGCGAGUCCAGUGGCAAACCAGCUGCACCAAAGAAACUUCGUGGCCAGGCAGCACGCAAGGCAGCCGAGGUGGAAGAACGUCAACGACGCAUGGAGGAACGUGCGACCAAGACGGAUGCUGCAAUUGUAGGCAUUGACGAAACUGACUGUUGUUUGCGCUGCAGCAUCUUUCUGUAUCGUCAAGCUGUCGAGAAAGACAAUUUGGAAUUGCUCAAGGCUGCAGUGGAGGACAAGGAGCAUGUGCCAUACUGGGAGAAGGAAGAUUGCCAGCACUGGAGCGACAUGGUGGUGGCGGCGGCUAUGCUCAAGGGAAAUAAGGAGAUUGUUGGUCUUUUGUUGCAGAGUCAAGAAAACGGACGUGUCCAGGUUCCGACCAAAUACAUGCAGUAUGGCGGAAGCACAGGCUAUGUGAGCCGCUUCACUUUUGGUCACGCUGUCAGCAAGGUGAACGAGUCGCGUGGCAACCGUCAGGGAAACUCGGCAUUUUACCGAAACAGUCAAAAGAAUCUCAUGGCGGUGGAUAUUUCCCGCUUGAACGAGUCGCUCAUUUCUAUCAACGUCCUGGAAGCUUUGCAAAAUACAGCGCUGGAUCCAGAUAUGGCGGAUUUCGUCAAAAGUGCAACCAACCUCGUCCGCGGCUGCAGCAUGUUCAUGGAACAGAAGGGCUUUUACUAUUGCGUGGCAUCAGGAAACUGGAACGUCGCUGGAAGUAUUAUCAAUCACAUCCAGUAUCGCUCAGGAUUCAACACGGUACACACAAACGUACUCAGCUUCAAGAAUGGUGAACCGCUCGAAACGUAUCGUCGCAACCAGAUCUUGAAAAAGUCGUUCGAUUCUGGCUCUAUCACGCCUCUGGAAUGUGCUGCGAUCCAUCCUUCAAGAGCAUACCUCAAAGAACUGUUUGAACAACUCACCCCUGCUGAACGUAUUGAGACCGAUGAAUUCGGUCGUACCAUUGCUCACUUUGCCGCGGCCAGCACGACGCCUGACUGCCUCGAGUACCUGAUCGAGCAGGACUUCCCAUUCUCGUCUGGAGACAAGUUCAAGUUGACCCCACUCAUUCAAGCAGCUCGUUUCGGCCGGCACCAAAAUAUUCGUCCGUUACUCAAGCAUUUAAGUAAAACAGAGAUGCCAAACACCGAGUUCGCAGAUCAAACGCUCCUUCGCCAACGCUGGCGCCCGCUUCAUUAUGCCGCCUACUUUGGUCACCCGGAAACCUGUCGUGAAUUAAUUGAUUGUGGUGCUACCUUGGAGGCUAUCGAAAGCACUUUACGUGCGACGCCCCUCUUGUUUGCUGCGCAGCGUGGUCACCUCGAAUGUGUCAAGGUUCUUGUGGAACACGGUAAGGCAGAUCCAGAGGCAGUCGACAAGUAUUCCCGUACCGCACUUCAUGUGGCUAGCAUCAAUGGCAAGUACGACGUUGCCAAAUAUCUGUUGCAAAUUGGUGUCGAUGCCAACGCUGCGGACACAUCUGAAAACAGACCUAUCCACUAUGCUGCGGGCUUUGGUUACCUGCGUCUGUUACGUCUCUUGAUUGAGGUUGGUGGUGCCGAUCCAGCCGCCCCCAAUGUGUGGAGAACGACCGCUUGCUCCGUCGCCAAUCUCAAAGGCCACAUUUCUAUUGUCCAAUACCUGUUGACCGAGUGCAACAUUGAUGUCAAUUUCAAGGAUCAAGACGGCAAAACCUUGUUGCAUCAUUGUGUGGAGGAAACUGUGACUAGUAAGCUGGAAGCCGAACAGUCGCUUCGAAAAGCCCGUUUGCUUAUUUCCAAGAAUGCUGAUCCGAAUUUGCAAACUAUCGAAGGUAACACCGUCCUCCAUAGUUUUGCUAUGGGUUAUUUCAAUGCACAUCGCCCUGCUGGCUGGAAAGAAGAAGACCAGGAGGGCAACGAGCUCGUGAAGCCAUUGGAAUAUGAUGACAUGGACGGUAUCAAUUACAGUCGACAAAUGGCCCAACUUCUUCUGGAAGCCGGUGCAAACCUGGGCAUCAAGAAUAAUGCAGGCGACACUCCUUUGGCGCAUGGUAUCCUUCAUAAUAAGGAUUAUGUGUUUGAUAUCUUCAUUGAACGAGGUGCCAUCUACUGGGAUACCAUGACGUCCUCUGGUGUUACCUUUUUCCAAUGUCUGUUUGCAAAUGCGAGUGAGCUGGAUUCCUUCAACACGCGACGUGAGAUAGAUCGUGUGCGCAACAGUCGAUAUGAAGUCAUGAUCAAGGGCAUUUGGGAAGCGAUUGUAAAACAUCCAGCCCCGGCAGAUGCUAAUACCAACAUCAAUACCCCUAACUCGGCUGGUUUUACCGCAAUGUUGGCAUCUGUCCAGGAAGUGUGCGAAACUCAAAAAAAGCAUGUCAAAAAAGAGAAGGAGCGUAUCAAGAAACGAUUCACCUUAGCCUCCAAAAGUUAUGCACAAGGUGAAAACUCUGAUGAAAGUUCAGCCCGAGAAGAGGCUGUCUUUGAGUUCCGUUUCCAUCAUUGGUUGGAUAUGGCAACCAAGAUUGUAGAAAAUUAUCACCCGGAUAUGAAUUCGGUUGUCCAGUUGCCCAAGGACUUUUAUAAGGGCAAUCCCAAGCGGAGCAAGAGUGAAUAUCCUCGUGAAACUGGUUGGAGCGUUUUGCAUUUCGCUACAGCCACUCAAGAUGUAAAACUACUGCACUUUUUGUUGUCCCACGGAUCCGAUCCUAACCAACGCAUUAUUGUCGCUGGCGUGCCAACUGGCGCUCCUCCUAUGUUGAGUGGUUAUAUAAAAAAGAAGCUCCUUCAUCAAGAAUACUUGCCCACCACCGAUCUACAAACCAUCGAACACGCCAACAAGCUAUUCAACAUCAUCAAACCAGAUUUCGAGCUAUUACUUCCCAACGCAAUCAAGAAGUACAUCGCGUUUGGCGCUAAUCCGUGUGUUGCCGACAAGGAGGGAUACUCAACAUUGAUGAAAGCUGCAGAAUCAUUGGAUCAUGAAAUAAUGGAGGAUCUAUGUACCGCCUAUACCGAGUCGCACUCGUUCGAAGGUAUCGAUAACCGUGACCAGAAACAUCACACUGCACUCAUGUACGCGGUGAAUGCCGUGCAAGAAGCUUUAUCAAGAAGCGAUCAAUCCAUCAACGUACUCACUGUCAAGCAUUUGUUGGUCGCCGGUGCCAAUCCAAACCUCCAUUAUGAAAACGCUUGUGGUGAUACCGUGAUUAUGAAGAUUAUCCGAUCCCAGUAUCUACCUUUGCUAAACACGGUUAUUGAGCACACUCAUUAUCCGAUCGAUCAUUCUGCCGUUAACAAUCAUAUGGAAACUUGUGCAAUUAUCACUUGCAAGAACAAGAAUGAGGAUAUUUCCAAAGCCUACUUUGAUCUUAUGGCAAGCUCUUAUGCAUCUUCUUCAUUUGACGUCAAUGUCAACGACAAAGAAAACAACACCGCACUUCUUAUUGCAUCCAUGUCCGGAAACGAACAUGCAGUCAAUGUGCUUUUGGAAUGCAAGGCUGACCCCAACCAUAUAGUUGGUGCAAACGUCUCCCCUCUCUGCCGGUCUGUGCAAAACUCCUACUUUCAGAUCGCCCAAAGUCUGCUCAAAGCUGGUGCCAACGUCAAUCAUAAGGACGAUCAAGAUCUUUCUCCACUCCACCAUGCCGUUCUCGUCGAAAAAUAUCACCUGGUCAAGCUGAUGAUAGAAUUUGGUGCCAAUGUACAUGCAAUCGAUAAGAAGCAACGUACCGCACUUCACAUUGCUAUCCAGAAAACCAAGAACAUGACUAAUGCUUCGCUCCGAAUUGAACGAUUGCUUCUACAAGGUGGCAGUGAUAUCAAUGCCAAGGAUAUUUUGGGACGUACACCGCUUCAUCUUGCUUUCAUACAUAUGGAUGUCGUUCCUCACAUGCGCAAGAUGGCCACAAUAGCCAAAAAGGUCAAGAAGAUUCGCGAAGACAAGAAGAAUGCCAAGAUAAUGGAAAGCAAGAUAGCCUCAGCAGUCGAAAAAUUCGGCCGGAACACAAAGGAUUCAGGUUCCAAUGAAUGGAUUGCCUAUGCAGUACGAGCGCAUCUUGAAAACAAGCAACGAGAGGAAUCUGGCAGCAAAGGAAAGGAUGGCGAAAAUAUUGUGAUUAUCGAACAAGACGAACUCGCAGACCUAGAACUUUAUGCUCUGUUCCAAUGGGAAAUGGACACCCAAUCGCCAAGCAAAGUCGAUCCCAUUGAUAUCAUCAAGUUCUUGUCAAACUAUGAAGAUAUCCAAUACGACUUACCCGAUCAUUUUGGCCGUACUCCAAUGCAUUACGCUGCUACCGUGGGCGCAUUCUCUUCCACAUCUAUCCUCAUUGCCAAGGGUGUGAACAUCAAUGCCGAGGACUUGGAUCAAAAUACUCCGCUGCAACUUUCUCUUCGUUACAAGCAUGUUGAUUACUCGGUGAUGCUCUGUGAUCAAGGAGCUACACCUACCAGCGUGAUGACUCUUCCUGCGGGUGAUCCAGUGACAACUUUAAACUACAGCUUGUCCCAGGACUUUAUGAACAUGGCAUAUCUGAUUUUGGAUCGUAAUCCAAGCGUAUUAGAAUCGUUGCAAGACGCUUUGCGAACGGGCAAAUUCCAUGUUGCGGAUAUCCUGCUCAAUUCUGCUCCUACUUCCACCCUUUCUGCGACCACACAAGAGGGCCAAAACUUGUGGCACAUAUUUGCCAACUUUAAACCGUUUGACAGUGAGAUUUGGGACGAGUAUUUGACCGACGUCAUUGCUAAAGUAGCUGAGCUUGGAUUAACAUUCGAAGCCGAUGUGCACGGACGUACACCCAUUCAUUAUGCUGCAAUGUACGGACAAAACACGCUAUUGAACAACCUGCUAUCUGCUGGCGGCAGUGAGAUCAACAAGUUAGAUAAAGAUGGUUUAUCCGAGCUCUGGUAUGCGGCAUCGUCCCAUAGCAUUCAAUCUGUUCAGCUGCUGUUAAACGCUGGUGCAUUGACCGGAAAAGGCACAAGCUCGGCAACCAAGGAUUCAGCAUUAUUGCUUGCAGUCAAGAGCAAGGAUAUUUACCUAGUCAAGCUUCUAUUAGAGUCUAGUGCUCCUCGUGAUGAAGAUAGCAUCCACGGAAGACCUAACGCUGUGAUGCAAGCGUGUAUGAACAAAUCUGACAAGAUCUUGAAGGAGCUUCUGCAAGCAGGUGCUGAUCCCAAUGUAACAUCAACUGCUACUUACCACCUGAAAGGCAAGAAAAAGACAUUGGUCAUUCAGCCAGUGUUUAUUGCCACGGAUACGACUUUUGAGGUACUGAUCAACGGUGGAGCCAAUCCGAAUGUCGUGAGUCCAAAGCAAGAGCCCUAUGAAGGCCGAUCUUGCUUUAUGCACUUGAGCAAAUCUACAGCAAACACGGAACUUUUAAAGCUGUUGCUAAAACAAAACAUCGACCUGAAUCUCCAAGAUGAUCACUCAAAUCGUCCGAUCUUUUAUCAUUAUUUCUUUGAGAGCAAAUCUGAUAUAUGGAAAUCCAUCCUCUCUCAGAUGAUGCAAGACAAGAAACCAAACGUAAACAUGGUUGAUCCCGAAACCGGGAUGACGCCGUUGGAAUAUGCUAUCCGUAAGCAUAACUCCAUCCAUGUUGAGCGCUUACUGGAACUUGGUGCCGAUCCAAACAUGGAGAGCUGCCGGUCAAGCGGCGCCGAACGCGACAAUCUCGACUUGUGCGAAUAUGGUCCAUUAAAUGCUGUGUUCCAUUCUAUUGCUCAAAACGAUUUGUCGAUUCUUCAGGUCAUGUGUCGCAAAACAAAGUUCAAAAUCAACUGGACCGCAAAGGAUCGUGAUGGUCGCACUGCCGUAUCAUUCCUUGUAGGCGAUGGCUACUCGCAUGAAAAUGUUGCUAUCCUCAAGUUCAUUGCUACCAAAACCGGAUCAAAGUUUUUCGAUAUUGCUGAUGCUCCUGACAACAAUGGCCUUCGCGCUAUCGAUUAUGCUAGCGCUCGCGAGCGCAAGGAGCUGUAUGAAGAACUCAUCAAGCACGGUGUCACCGCUGGAGACGUCGAAAUGGAGGCAGCAGAUGAUGAAGAAGAAGAACCAACGAUGAAUGUCGACGAAUACAUUGCUAUGCAAGCCAUUGAAGAAGACGCUGAAGCUGAAAGAGCCAUCCUGGAGGCCGAAGCCAAGGCUGCUGCAAUUAAAGAAAAUGGAGGAAAAGAAGUUUCUGAAGACGACGACAAAAAAAAGGCUGUCGUUGAUCCCAUUUCGAAAAUGCAAAAAAUUGGCAAGAUUGUUUUCGACGACAACAACAAUCCCUAUGAUAUCAUUGUUCAAAAGGUCGAUGUUGGAAGCGGCUAUUACGGAUGUAACAUGUUCUACAAGCUAUCCAUCAUCUACAACACUGUCCUUGAUCUUUAUGUGCUUUGGACCCGCUGGGGCUCAUUUGGCGAAGUCGGAAUGCGUCAACGAACGCCUUAUAUGAGCAAGGAAGAGUGCGUGGCUGAAUUCAGAUCCAUCUUCCGAUCCAAGACGGGCAACCAUUGGGAAGACCACAAGCCAGAGAAAUUUGUUCCUAAGCCUGGUAAAUUCGAGCUUAUCCUGGCCAAACUACCCAAGAAGCCAGUGAUCCUAAAGGACUUUACGUUUUUGAAAACCACUGCUCCAUCACAAUUGCCUCGAACCAUAUUCAAUGCCAUGAAUAUCUUUUGCGACUUUGAGGCGCUGAACCAAGGUUUCCAGCAACUGGAGCUUGACAUUCCUGCCGGACAUAUCCCUGAGAAACACAUGGAAGAGGCUUACGCCACACUCAAGAAAAUUAGCAAUGAAGUCGAGAAAUAUACGUCCCGAGUCAUAUAUGCUACCAAGGAAGAGCGUGCUCAAAAGAAAGAAAUGGGCCAUCUAUUGGUGCAAUUAAGCAACAAGUACUACCGCUUGUUCCCCAAGUCUUCACAUCGAAACGGCAUUGUACCUAUCGUCCGAAAGCACAAUCUACAAGAGGAACUUGCACGUCUGAACAAUAUCAACUACCUCAACUUUUCGAUCAACGUCCUUUUGGCCGCCAAGCGACGCUCAUCCGAAAUUCAUCCCCUGGACUACUGCUUUCGUUCCUUGCACUGCCAGCUCUCCGAGAUCGAUAGUAACACGCCCGAGUUUAACAUGGUUCAAAAGUAUAUGUUAACAACAGCCGAGCAAACAGGCUACGAGAUCACCCACUUGUUUAGCGUCAACCGCGAGGGUGAAGAAGAACGAUUCGAAAAAUUCGCCAAGAACUCAAACCGAAAGCUCUUGUGGCACGGAUCUCACGUAAACAACUUUAUGGGUAUUCUGAAGCAAGGUCUUCGAACCAAGCCUGCUUUUGCUGAUGCCUCGGGAUCCAUGUUUGGCAAUGGUAUCUACUUUGCAGACAUGUUUGCCAAAUCUAUCAAUUACUCCAGUAAUGGUUGGUACGAGCGAAAGCAUCCCGGCUAUGCUUUGCUUUUGCUUUGUGAAGUAGCUCUCGGUGAAGAAUGCGAGAUGGCCUAUUACAGCGAGCUAAAUUACGAGAAAGACAAGCAUAUGUCUGUCAAGGGACUGGGUCGUGAAGGACCAAAUCCGGCAAACGCAAUUUACGACAAAAAUGGUGCACAAGUACUCAUGGGUCCCUCCAUCCAAUACGACAUCCCGGACUCCGUUCCUUAUUUCCAACGUAGCCGUAUCAACUACAACGAAUACAUCGUGUAUGAAGAAGAUCAGAUCAAGAUCAAGUACAUGGUUCUUGUGCGCAACAACAACUAUUGUGAGCUAUGCCAAACCAACCAUAGCUACAAUUCUUCGUCUACGGACCUUUCCGAACACGAGUUCAAAGAUGGGCUUCAAUACACUCAACUUGGCGUAUACGAGCGUGGACUUGUACGACUCCAUCUUACGCAUGCUGGCAAGACUCCAAAGGAAAUGUUUGAUGAUAAUCUUGAUGCAUUCCUUGAUGCAGAAGGCUACAAGCCACGAUGGAAGCCUAGUAUGCCAAUUACUCGCACCAGCAAAGUAUGCAAGAACUGUGCACAUACCAUGACUGCCAUGAUGUUUGUGGACCAUAUCGAGAAGCAGCUCCCGGAUACGUUCCAACAACGUGAGCGUUGUCAAUAUGGUGAACAGUGUAGCAAGAAGAAUGAUCUAGCCCACGCCAAGCAAUAUAAGCAUUGGUUUCUUGCAAACCUGAAGAAUGAGGAGAACAACGUAGAAGAAUCUCAAGAAAUUGAAGACGAAGACGAUAAAUUGAGUGAAUCGGAUAGCGAUUAA